UCCGGCUUCAGUGGUGAUUGUGGCGGCUCUUUCGUAAAUGCUGGGGCGACUCCGGGGAGACUGUGUUGCCUGUUGGAGCGGUCGAAAGGCUGGAGCUUCGCAGAGCGGUAAUUGGUGGGCCAAAGGAGCGGAGGAGCUCGUCCGCUGCCGGUGUUGGAAAUUAGUGGCUUUUCCAUUAUUUAAAUAUUAUAGUGCCUUGGAUUAAGAUGUUCCUGAUGCCAACUUCUUCAGAAUUAAGCCCCGGACAGAACUUCCUAACCCAGUGGAUGACCAAUCCUUCUCGGGCAGGGGUCAUAUUAAAUCGAGGCUUUCCUAUUUUGGAAGCCAGUGAAGAGAAGCAAGCAGCUACAAAUGCUUCUACCCGCUUCCCUGUUAAAGCCACUUGUUUCUCAAAUAGCUUCAGCUUCACUAGUGAAGAAGAUUCAUUUCAUGAAGAACAGAAGUUGGAGUAUGAAGGCCCUAAUAAACUGCAGUCAGAAAAAUCUGAAACCCAGACAGUCUUUCCUUUAGUUACAAAGGAGCCACAAAUAGUGUCGUGUCAGGAUGCCUCUGAAUACCAGGAAGAUAACAAAAAUGACUUUAUACCUGAUCUUGUGAGUGAACUCAAAGAAGUGACUUAUAAAGACCCACUUUUUAAAAAACUUGAACAGCUGAAAGAAAUACAGCAAAAGAAGCAGGAACAGCUGAAGAGACAGCAGCUGGAGCAACUGCAGAAGCUCAUGGAGGAGCAAGAGAAGCUGCUCACCAUGGUGUCUGGGCAACAUGCGCUUCCAGGUUUGACGUUACUGCCUGAUGAUCAGAGCCAGAAGUAUAGAUCUUCAGGAAAUUCAGCCACAGCAGAGAAAGCCACUCUCUUCCUGCCGUCAUACAUGUACUCGAAUCAAACCCAAGAAAAAUUGCAUGCUUCCAAUGUUUUACCAAACGAGCAAAGCAAUUUCUGUAGAGCUCCUCAUCAAGAUUUUGUCUUAACUUCAAAGAAUGCUUCUGAUUUGUUUUAUGAAUCACAGUAUCAAGCAGCAGGUCUGAAUAAAGGUGAUUCAAAGGAAGAAAACCCUAACCAUCUUACAGGAGAAGGUGUUUUGCCAUGUUGGGAGAAGAUGAUGGGACAGAUUCAGGAAGGGAAGGAUAUGAAUUUAAAACAAAAUGAUGAUUCCUCAGAAGUGGUUAAUAUUGAAGAAAGGCCUAUUAAAGCUGUCAUUAGAGAAAAGAAACAGACAUUCGAAGACUACUUAGAAGAACAGAUUCAGCUGGAAGAACAAGAACUGAAACAAAAACAGCUAAGGGAAGCAGAAGGACCAUUGCUGUUGAAAGCAAAACCCAAACAUCCAUUUUUAAAACGAGGAGAAGGCUUAGCUAGGUUUACUAAUGUUAAAUCUAAGUUUCAAAAAGGGAAAGGAAGUAAACUAGGGACUAACCAGAGCCCUUCAGAGGACCAGUCUGUAUUUAAAGCAGAUAGACAACAAUUCCAGCGAAAAACUGCUCUUAUAAAUAAAGAACUGUGUGCAGAGACCCCAACUGUUAAAAAGGACAAUAAAGCCAGAACCAAGGCUGGUUCUCUCACAGUCAGCCAGAAACCCAAAGCGAUGAAGAGCAAUAUUAGGAAAAGUCUCUCUCCACCAGGACUGAAAAUACAGACAGGGAAGAAAUGUGAUGGGCAAUUUAGAGACCAGAUCAAAUUAGAAAAGAACAUACAAUCUCAUAAUAAGGAAAAUUCACCUGUGUGUGUGAAGCCCUGUGAUGCUGGUUGCAAGGUAUGGAAUAAGACACAGGGAAGAGAGAGACUUCCUCUUUCAACAGGACCAGUUAGUGGUGUGGCUUCUAUGAGCCUGACGAGUGAGGCUAUGAAGGAGACAGAGUCUUCCCUUGACAUUUCUUUUCAGAAAAAAUUAGAGAACUGGGAACGAGAAAAAGAAAAGGAAAAUUUGGAACUGGAUGAAUUUUUAUUUUUAGAACGGGCUGCUGAUGAAAUAUCAUUUUCUAGUAAUUCCUCAUUUGUAUUGAAAAUCUUAGAAAGAGAUCAACAGAUCUGCGAAGGUCACAGGAUGUCUUCUACCCCUGUCAAAGCUGUGCAGCAGGAGAAGGCACAUCAGGUGGAUGCCAGUGGUCAGAGGAACCACGGUGAGGAUCCCUGCCAUAAUGUUGCAUGUGAGAGUAAGAGUGAGUGUGAGGUUGUACUCACGCCACACAGUUCAUCAGCCUUGCCUGAUGCUUUGCGGGAACUGUCCUGUAAAACCAAAAGGAAAGCCUGCCAAACCAGCAUUUGUGAAAACCAGAAUGGAUGGGAUGCAAAUGAUGAUGAAGGAGUUACAAACAGUGACAGAAGCACUGACUCUGAAGAGCAGCUUGAUGUUACCAUAAAACCAUAUGCUGAGGUUGGGGAAAGAACAUUCAGCAACAGAGAGGAUAGUCCACAAGUCUGUGAUGCUAAAGGACCUUUUAGAGACAGCAGAACUCAAGAAGAUAAAAGGAGAGAUGUUGAUCUAGAUCUGUCUGAUAAAGAAUAUAGCAGUGAUGAGUCUGUCGUAGUAGAGAGCCUGAAAAAUAAGGUAUCUGAGCCACCCAGAAGAGCCUCGUCUCAAGACAUGAGUCCAAUUGACUUUGAUGAUGAAAGAUCUUGGACAGAUCUUGAAGAGAGUUCAUAUAAACAUAAUGGUGUUCUCAGAGAUGAAGCCAUUUAUGGUACACAUCAGACACAGUACCCUAAGAGUGAAAUAUGUGUUCUGGACAGAACAAUAAAAAGGAAGGUUGCACCAGUUAAGAAGGGAGAAGACUUCAGCAAGUCUGGUAGGAGCAGAAGUCCCCCUCCUCCAUCUGAUUUGAUGGUAAAAUUCUUCCCUUCAUUGAAACCAAAGCCAAAAUCACAUUCACACUUAGGAAAUGAACACAAGUUAAAUAUGAGUCAAGACCAACCACCAGGUGACAAUGCUCGAUCUCAGGUUUUGAGAGGGAAGGUUAUUGAAUUGGAAACAGAAAUAGAAAAAUUUAAAGCUGAGAACACAUCUUUAGCUAAACUUCGAAUUGAACGAGAAAGUGCCUUAGAAAAACUGAGGAAAGAAAUUGCUGACUUUGAGCAACAAAAAGCAAAAGAACUGGCUCGAAUAGAAGAAUAUAAAAAGGAGGAAAUGAAGAAACUACAGAAAGAGCGGAAAGUUUUUGAAAAGUAUACAGCAGCUGCAAGAACUUUUCCAGAUAAAAAGGAACGUGAAGAAAUACAGGCUUUGAAGCAGCAAAUAAUGGAUUUACAGGAAGAUUUGAAAAGAAAGGAAACAAAAUGGUCAAGUACACAAGGUCGUCUCAGAAGCCAGAUAGACAUGCUUGUCAAAGAGAAUACAGACCUCCGAGAAGAGAUAAAAGUAAUGGAAAGGUUCCGGCUAGAUGCCUGGAAGAGAGCAGAAGCUAUUGAGCGCAGCCCCAAGGCCUCUCAGAGCAUGACUGCAACAAAAAAAGAUGACUCCAUGAACUCAUCUAUUCGAUUUCAAAAGAGUCUUUCUUCAGGAGCCCAGGUAGAAAAAUAUAAGAAAAACUAUUUUCCAACACAAGGGAAUCCAUCUCGAAGAUCCAAGUCUAUACCAUCUCAUGAUUUGGGCAGCUCAGAUAAAGGACAAGUUGCCUUGCCCAGGGAACCACUUGAACCAGUAAAUUCCCCAGAUCUUGAAUAUAAAAACAAAGAAGAAAAAGAGGAAGAAAUUCAGGGAGAAAUCAGUCAUCCUGAUGGAAAGGUAGAAAAGGUUUAUACGAAUGGGUACCGGGUUAUACUCUUUCCCAAUGGAACUCGGAAAGAAGUGAGCGCAGAUGGGAAGAGCAUCACUGUCACAUUUUUUAAUGGCGACGUGAAGCAGGUUAUGCCAGAUGAGAGUGUGGUCUACUACUAUGCAGCUGCCCAGACCACUCAUACCACGUACCCGGAAGGACUCGAAGUCUUACGUUUCUCAAGUGGACAAAUAGGUACAAACAUACUUGCCCUCCGUCUGUUAAAUGCUAACCUACCUUUAAAAAAUAUUUAUAGCAUCCUUUUUGAAACAGAAAAACAUUUCCCAGAUGGAAGAAAAGAAAUCACAUUUCCUGACCAGACCAUUAAAAACUUAUUUGCUGAUGGACAAGAAGAAAGCAUCUUCCCAGAUGGCACAAUUGUCCGAGUGCAGCGUGAUGGCAACAGAAUCAUAGAGUUUAAUAAUGGCCAAAGAGAACUCCAUACUGCCCAGUUCAAAAGACGAGAAUAUCCGGAUGGCACUGUCAAAACUGUAUAUACAAAUGGUCAUCAAGAAACAAAGUACACAUCUGGUCGAGUAAGAGUUAAGGACAAAGACGGUAAUGUUCUAAUGGACACAGAAUUGUAAAAAUCCUUGUGAUUAAUCAUGAAGUAACACUUAAGUGGUUUCCUGUCCAAAAUAUGGACAUUUCUUGUGUAUUCAGUUGUUUAAUUUAUAUAUAUGUAUAUCUAUAUAGAGUAUGUAUGUAAAUGUAAAAGAUUAUGUUUGAAUUUUAAAAUAAAA